AUGAUGAUGACGCCAAACAUAACGAGUCAGGCAUUGCUAUUGGCUGCCGAAACAAACGAUGAUGAUGACGUCGUCAAAGGUGGAAAAACGUGCACGACGGAAAUUUUCCAGGAUAACGUGAAGGAAAAGUACGAAUGGAAAAUAUCGUGGAGAAACGUUUUCGGAUUCAUUUACUUACACGGAGGAUUUUUUUACGCCAUUUAUUUGAUCGGAUCUGGACAAGCGAAAUUAUUCACGACACUCUGGAAUGUUUCUUUGGGUUUGUGCGCGGCAUUAGGAGUCACAGCCGGAGCUCACAGAUUAUGGGCGCAUAAAUCAUACAAAGCAAAAUGGCCGAUGAGACUUUUAUUGGUUAUUUUUCAAACUAUGGCUUUUCAGAACGAUAUUUACGAAUGGGUUCGUGAUCACAGAGUCCAUCAUAAAUUUGUCGAUACGAAUGCGGAUCCCCACAACAUAAAAAGAGGAUUUUUCUUUUCUCACAUGGGAUGGUUGCUCAUACGAAAACAUCCGGAUGUUAAAACGAAAGGAAAAACUGUCGACAUGAGCGAUUUGGAAGAGGAUCCGAUCGUGAUUUGGCAAAGAAGAACGUAUUUGAUUGUCAUGCCUCUCCUCUGUUUCGUCAUGCCAACACUCGUACCGUACUAUUUAGUCAACGAAACCUUUUGGAACGCUUGGUACAUCAGCAUAUUCAGAUAUAUGUUAUCAUUGCACAUAACAUGGUUGGUCAACAGCGCAGCACACAUUUGGGGAGUUAAACCGUACGAUAAAAACAUAAGCUCGUCGGAAAACGCCACGGUCGGCAUACUAGCAAUGGGAGAAGGUUGGCACAAUUACCAUCACGUUUUCCCGUGGGAUUACAAAGCGGCAGAAUUGGGUAACUACAACGUCAACGUGACAACGGGAUUCAUAGAUUUAUGUGCUAAAAUCGGUUGGGCCUACGAUUUGAAAUCCGUUUCGAGAGAGAUAAUAGAGAAAAGAGCGAAAAGAACGGGAGAUGGAACGUUAAAACAUUCCACAGAUCCAAAUCAUCACAUGAAUAACGUUUGGGGUUGGGGAGAUAAAGAUAUGACGUCUGAUGACGUCAAUUCAAUGACGGGGAGGGGAGGGAUGAAUUACGCAUCGAAAAAAAAAACCUGA